GGAAGUUGAGAGCCAAAAAUAGAAGUGGAUCAAUAAAAGAGGGAUGAUGUGAUUUCAGGUAGAUCCUAACUGACAGGUGUGGAACAGAUAAACUAAUAGAGAAUUAUCUUAAUUAAAGAUGGAAGACAAAAUGGGCUUCAGAAGUCCCCCGAAAGUGUUAUGUCGAAAGACCAGAUGAGUUGACAUGGCUGAGGGCAGGUGGACUUGGCUCUGGACUCUGUUCCUGUGCCUCCUCCUGCAAGGUGAUACCAUAGCAUUCGUCUUAGAGGGGUCUCCUUCUUCUUACGCGCGGUUCAAGAAGUGGAUCUCCGGUCUCAAUGGUUCUCUAUCCUUUGAAUUUCAAACACAGGAACCUAACGGUUUGCUGUUAUAUACGGACGAUGGCGGUGCCUUCGACUUUUUCGAGUUAAAACUGGUUGAAGGUACGUUGAGACUUCGUUUUAAUCUUGGCGGUGGUGCUUCGAUCAUAUCCGUGGGUAGAAAUCUUCACGAUGGACAUUGGCACAGAGUGGAGAUUAUUCGCAACAUAGAAGAAACCCAAUUGAGAGUAGACGACGAUACGCAGGGACGAAUCUCUCGAGGACCCGAAUAUCAUUUUGGUAAUUAUACGACCAACAGCUUUGUAUAUUUUGGUGGGAUGCCUAGUUGGUAUAGUUCGAAACCCAAUCUACUUGCAUUACCAUCAGUUUUAUUCGAACCGACUUUUAAAGGAAGUAUAAAAAAUGUUGUGUAUGCGAGUGAAGAGGGACUUGCCAAAGAACAAGACAUGAUUGAAUUUAAAGGUGUCAGAUCCAACCAGUUGGAUGCCUGUGAACAUCACGACCCCUGCCAACAUGGGGGUAUUUGUAUAAGCACCGACAGCGGAGCUAUCUGUGAUUGCAGAGCUGUAGAUUACGAAGGAAGUUUCUGCGAAAGAGAAAAACCUCCAUCGGAAGCCACUUUCAGAGGGACAGAGUUUCUAUCUUACGACCUGAGAUCAACUGGAGGAGAAGCCAUCAUCAGUUCCAGCGACGAGAUAUCUUUAUAUUUUAAGACGAGACAACCACUUGGCAUGAUGUUUCAUACGGGACACAACGACGACUUUUUGAGCUUGAGUCUGAGAGAUGGAGGAAUCGUAUUGACAGUAAAUCUUGGAUCUGGUUCCUUAGAAAAAACUGUUCGACCCGCUAAAGUCAGGUUCGAUGAUAAUCAAUGGCACAAAGUUUUGGUUCAUCGAAAAGUCCGAGAGAUUACAAGAGCCACUAGUUUUUGUCACUUUUCUAUAACCGUCGACGGAGUAUAUACAGAAAGAGGUUCGACUGCAGGAACCUUUUCUUUAUUAGCUAGCAGCGUGUUGAAUAUAGGAGGAAGCAGCCCUAUAUCAGGCCCUACGGGAUUCAAAGGGAGAAACAACUUCAUAGGCUGCUUACGUAAGGUGGAAUUCGUGGCAGACAGUCUAACUUUAGAUCUGAUCGAGCUGGCCAGGACUGGAAACAAACUCAUAGUUCUCCAUGGCAACCUGCAUUUCUUGUGUCAGGAGGUUGAAGCUGCUGAUCCGAUCACAUUCACAACCAAGGAAUCUUUCCUGGCUCUACCAAGUUGGGAAGCAGCGAGAGCUGGAAGCAUUUCAUUCAAGAUCCGUACUAAUGAACCUAAUGGAGUCUUAAUGUAUAACAGUGGUGCCACUGCCCAAGGGGAUUUUUUCGCUUUCGAGUUACUCGACGGACACGUGUUCUUGUUACUUAAUCUUGGAUCCGGUGCGGUCAAGGCAAAAGCCACUACAAGAAGAGUCGAUGAUGGUCAAUGGCAUACUGUGUCAUUAAGGAGAACAGGAAAGUCUGGUCGUGUAACCGUAGAUGAAUCUGCUGUAGACUUUAUAACCCCAGGUAACUCCAACCAGCUGGACUUGGAAGGAGCUCUUUACUUGGGAGGAGUGGGAGUCAGCGAUCAAGGAAUGUCUGUGCCUAGUGAACUGUGGUCGGGAAUGUUGAGAUAUGGUUAUGUGGGCUGCAUGAGAGAUUUGGUGGUUAAUGGUAAAGCUGUAGAUAUCGCCGUAUUCGCUAAAAAACAAGAUUCCGGAAGCAUCCGUCCCGCUUGUCACACUUCUCCUACUCAAUGCGAUAGUCAACCUUGCCUGAAUGGAGGACAUUGCGAGGAAGGUUGGAAUCGCUUCAUCUGUGAUUGUUCCCAUACUAGUUUUUCUGGUGCCGUCUGUGCCAAAGAUGCAACCACCUUAAGUUUUGACGGUGGACAAUUUAUGAAGAUUACAGUACCAGAAGGUUCCUAUACACAAGCCGAAGACAUCAGUCUUCGCUUCAGAACAACACGACCCAGUGGUCUUUUGAUAGCCACCACCUCCGACAAGACCUCGGGUCAUUUGAUAGUUGCUUUGGAAUCUGGAAGAGCUAAGGUUGUAUUGAAUGUCGGAGAUGGCAACAAGGUAGUUUACAUUGGACAGGGAUUAAAUGAUGAUCAAUGGCAUACACUUCAAAUUACGAGAAGAGGACAAAGCAUGGAAGCUCGUGUUGACUCUGAAUCCAUUAGUCGAGAGCUUACUGGACAAAAAAUUACUUUGGAUUUCCACUCCAUGCACAUUGGUGCUGUAGUUCCAGAUAAAAGUGCCAAUACAAUUAGUACGAACUUUGUUAAAGAUAUACCCAAUUUCGUUGGUCACAUGCAGCAUUUCAUUUUUAACGGAAAUCAUUUUUUCGACAUGGCACGAAAUGGGCAAAUGACAAAUUCUCAGGUGACGGCAAAAUUUGGCAAGAAAGAUCACAUUGUUCACCAUCCGGUGACUUUUAAAUCAAAAUACACUUUUAUAGGAUUACCUCAACUCAAAGCUUACGCUUCGAUGAAUCUUUACUUCCAAUUCAAAACUCUAGAACCCGGUGGGCUUUUGCUCUAUAACGGUGGCAAGGGUCAAGAUUUUUUAGCCAUCGAGCUCGUCGAUGGUCAUCUUCAUUAUAUAUUCAAUCUGGGAGACGGACCUCGUAGAGUUAGGUCCAACACCAGAAACACUUUGAACGAUAAUCACUGGCACGCUGUUACGAUUGGUCGACCAUUACUGAGGCAGCACACGUUAAUGGUGGACGACAUGAUUGCAACUGUGACAAGUGCCGGUUCAAAUAUCCAUUUGGAUCUCGAUGGACUCUUGUAUCUAGGGGGAGUCCGGCGAUCUAUGUACACCUCGUUGCCUAAAUUAAUACAAUCAAAACACGGUUUCGAAGGCUGCUUGGCAUCUUUGGAUUUAAACGGAGACAUGUUGGAUCUAAGUAAAGAUGCUCUAAUACCUAGCACAUUAGUUUCGAUGGGAUGCGCCGGUCCUGUUACAAAAUGUAGCAAUACUGCUUGUGCUAAUAGAGGUAUUUGUGUGCAAAUGUGGAAUAGUUAUACCUGCGAUUGUGAUAUGACUUCUUUUACUGGACCAACGUGUUCUGAUGAGAGCAUCGCUUACAGAUUUGAUCCCGGUGGUGGCUUAAUUACUUUCACUUACCCCAAAGAUAAGAGACCAGACACUAAAAGCGAUUUACUAGCGCUGGGCAUCAUCACCAUGACAGUCAAUGCCGUAUUGAUGAGGAUCGAUAGUGGAAGCAGCAAUGAUUAUAUGGAGUUAGAAGUCGUCGACGGUAACGUCUUCAUGGUCUAUAAUAUGGGCACCGAAGAUCAUCCGAUUGGAGAACUCAGCGUUAACGUUAAUGAUGGACAGUAUCACGUGAUUAGAUUUACCAGAUCAGGACCCAACUCGACCAUCCAAGUCGAUGAUCAUAACGUUAGAAUUAAACAUCCGAAAGGAAGACAACUGACCAUAUUCAAUAGUCAUUCCAAAAUCCAAGUUGGGGGCAAGAAGAAUGGUCUCAAAGAUAAAAUAGAACGACCAUUCCAAGGAGUGAUUGCUGGAUUGGUUUUCAAUGGACUACGCAUUUUAGAUAUGGCUGCUGAAAACGACCCUAGUGUAACUGUCGUAGGUGAUGUAGAAUUACUUGUAUCACUUCCUCACGAUUCUCAUCAAUCUAGUUUAGCACCAACGCCUCAAAUGCAACAGCCUAAAGGCGAUUCUAUGUUAGAAGAAGAAGAUCCUGUUUCUUCGGGAGGAGGCUCCGGAUGUUGGGAUGAUGAAGAUCGAUGCAAUUUCAAUGAAGGUGGUUCUGGUGACGACUUAAUCACUCCCGUCCAUAUCUUGCCCACGGGUAGUCCAACCAGUCUGGUAACGGAUUCCGAAACCAAUCUGGAAGAUAAACUUUGCGACGACGAAGAAGAAUUCUGUCCAGAAGGUUCUGGGUCGGGCGAAGUAGUAAAUCCAAUACCGACAGACGAUUUAGUCGAGAUAAUAGACGCAUCAAAACCACUUUAUCCUACAGACGACACUUCGGAACAGGAUCUGUCUUCCGUCAUUAGACCUCAAGUACCUCACCAACCAUCACCGUCAACCGUCCAAACAACACGAUCUUCAAAAAUUGAAGUUUACGGAGUACCCAUCCCUCAAAAUCCGGGAACGGGUCAGGAAGUUCAUCGACCAAAUCAUAAAAGUAAAAGUUCGGCCGAUAGUACGGCUCUGGUGAUAGGUAUCAUAGCGGGUGUUCUUAUUGGCAUUGUUCUAGUUGCACUAAUCGUUUAUCGAAUUAGAAAUCGAUCGGAAGGUUCUUACAAAAUCGACGAAAGCAAGAACUAUCAAUUUGCAGCCGUUUCGGCUAGUCCAUCCUUAUUAAAUGGACAGCAAGCACACAUGAAUGGUACGGUCAAAACUGGAGAGAAGGCCACAAGGAAUCCAAAUAUUACUAAAGAUGGUAAAGAUCUUAAAGAGUGGUAUGUGUGAGUGAAUUCUUUAUUUUGCGUGAUAUACCUCGCGAACGUUAUAUAUAUAUCUCAAGGUACUGCCAGACGUAAUUAACGAUCGGCCAUUUUUAAGAAUCGAUCACUGUUAGUGAUCGCCAUUGAGUUGUAUGGCGAUCAUUUAUCACUUUUACCUUAACAGGUAGAAAAAUGCCAAUCCAAAGGAUUAAUCGUCAAACUGCGAUGAAUUGUUCGCCGCUUUUUUCUUUUUUUCUUAAAAAAAAGCAAAGCAAAAUAAAAAAAAGUUGUUUUUUGAUCAUUUUUAGAUGUGACGCAAAAACCCAAAUGUUGCAGAGCAUACAUCAUUCGCUGCUGCUGCAAUUUCACAAUAUUGAGGGGGAAAAUAUUAUAUAGAUUAAUGAAAAAUUUAUUUGUAAUUAUUAUCAUUUUUUCAACAGAACUGACUGUUUUUGUGAGGUAAACUAAUAUAUUGUGUCGAUUGAAAAUUUAUGAAGAUCGAUUCAUCCUGAACAGGUUCUUAUCCGUUUUAUAUAUCACAUAUUUGUUUACGAAAACACCCGAAAUCCAAUUUUAUGAUCAAUAAUAGUGCAUCACCAUUGCAAUAUUUAGAUCAGAUUUUACACCCAGUUUAUGGCCUAACCUUAGCUUAUGCAACGUAAACGUACUUUAGAAACGUGUGGCGCCAUCUGUCUUCUAAUUUUUAAAGUAGUCGAGUAUUGAUGGAAAAGUUCUGAGUUCGAAUCGCAAAGAAAAGAAGGAAAAAAUUAAAAAAAAUUAUAAAUAAAUGUAAAGCUGUAGGAAUUAAAUAUUUUUGAAGAUAACUACGAACGAAUCACGUGAUAUCAAUGAGAAGAAAGCCACGCAUCCUCCCGACUUAAUUUUUCGCGAAUAUCAUCAUCGGCCCUGUUUAUACAUUAUGAUUGCUCUACUGUACUUUAUCAAUCAUUGUCGGGAUCCUGGCAAUAAAAUGGUUAGGAAAAUUGUGCAAAUAAAACAAUGAG